AUGCAUAGACCUCGCCACGUGUCUGGGCACGCUGUCCAAAACGACCCCAUAACAAUUGACUCCGACUCUUCAUCGGUAGUGUCAUCGCGCUCAGGAUCGGAGACCCAGCAGGUUCGCUCUACUGCCAACCGGUUUCAAUCUAACAUGCCCAAAGAAAAUGCAAUCGCAUACACCCAGAGGCUUCGCAUGCGCAACCACACUCGCGAGAUCCGACACACGGCGCAUUUCAUCCUCGCGUCUCGGGAGCUUCUCAUGCUGCACGCGCUGGCUUCAAACGAGUCCGUGCCGCGCACAAGGCGGCGGUUUCUUGCUCAAAUAAUUGAGCCUGACAACCCAAAGGUUGCUUUGGACCUUGCAUUCGAUAGCAAGGCCAAUAGGGGCAUUGGGGCUAGGGAUCAGGGCAGAGAGCAAGCACCUAUCGGGGCGAUCCAGGGAGGCGCGAGAGGGGGAAAUGUCAUUGACGUAAUUGAAGAAGGUGAUGCGCAAGGAUGGGAACUGGGCUUUCGCAGGCGAGAUUCUAAUAAAGCCAAUACAUCAUCGUCGCCCGCGAGACAGUCACCGAGUGCUUCAUCGUGGAAAAGAGGAAAAGGGAAAGGAAGAACACCUGAUCCAGAACGACUGGCUGGUGGAAGGUCUGUUUCUGGAAGUGAAGCAGGACUGGCAGCGUCGCCAUCGCCGUCAUCGAGGGAGAGGAGGGAACGAGAACGUGAGAGAAGGAGGCGAUGGAGCGGAGCAGAACGGGACCGAGGGGUUAGGAUUUCUUCGACUGCCGGAGAACUUGAACCGGAGGCUAUCGAUUUGGAUGUCGACAUGGAUUUGGAUGCGAGUGGCAGUCUUAAUGUCGAUACAGUGGCGCCUUCGAGACGGGUCAGCGGGAGAACGACAAUGGCUGCUUCCUCUGAUGAUGAUGAAUUGUGA